CUCACAAUCACAAUCACACCUCGUGACGCUGCUCGCUUGAUGUGCCCAUCAUUCGCGCUACCCACCCACAUCAGUUUGACACCUCUGGCCCAUUCUACCUCCAAGCAUUCGCCUCUCGAAUUGCACAAUCGAGCCAGCACACUUGACCGCGACCAUCGAAUGACAUCCUAUGCCUGUCCAGAGCGCCCCUCCCAAACGCGAUCCAGGACAUCGUAGGGCUCCCACCGCAUCCACCGCAUCGCCCCGACCUGCCAUCAGAGCGCAGCCGCAGAGUGGCAGUCGCAACGUCAGUGGUGGCAGACCAUCGCUGUUGGGAUUCGCAGCCAUCGCUCUCGCAUCCACCGUGGCCUUUGCCUACGUCGUGCGCAAGCGAGCCAACGAUCCGCUCAAAGAUCAGCGAGAAAAGCGUAUACACCACGCAAACCCCCUCGUACCUCCUCGCAAUCAAGAUCCGCAGUGACGGCAUUGAGCAUUCACUCAUCCGCCCAACAUGCCCGAAUUCGAUCCAAAGAAGGUGACGGUCAUCUUUGUGCUGGGCGGUCCCGGUGCUGGAAAGGGGACUCAGUGUGCCCGCUUGGUCAAUGACUUUGGCUUCGUACACCUGAGCGCCGGUGAUUUGCUGCGAGCGGAGCAGCAGCGUCCAGACAGUCAGUAUGGAGCGCUGAUCGCUGAGCACAUCAAGGAGGGCAAGAUUGUGCCUCAAGAGGUCACCAUCGGAUUGCUGCGAAACGCCAUGAAGGCGGCUCUGGACAGUGCCGGCGCUUCAGUCAGCGGUGCGAGCAAGUUGGUGCCGGAGUCUCAGAGGGAAAAGUGGAGCGAUGGAAAGGGAAGGUUCCUCAUCGAUGGCUUCCCACGCAAAAUGGAUCAGGCUCUGCUCUUCGACGAGCAAGUCUGCCCCAACCGCUUUGUGCUGUUUCUCAAUGCCGAUGAGGAUACCAUGCUGGAGCGACUGUUGGAGCGCGGCAAGACCAGCGGAAGGACGGAUGACAAUGCAGAGAGCAUCAAGAAGCGUUUCCGCACAUUCGUCGAGACCAGCAUGCCAGUCGUAUCGCACUACAGAGAGCACGGUCAGGUAGUGGAGGUGGACUCGGUGCGCCCCAUUGAAGAGGUCACGCAGGACAUUCGUAAAGCUGUGCGCGCUUCUUUCGAAAAGCUGGGCGAGCAGCCGUAGAUUGGUGGUCAGAAAGGUGUUCAGCUCAGUGUCUCUUUCGUAGGAAUCCGAAUCCCUUUCCAUGAUAGACCAAUUUACGUUUGGAUCAUGACGACGCAUCGACUCGAGGCUCUGCAAAGCCUGACCACUUGAAUCAUCACAUGCAAGCUUGUUGUGUAUUAGUCACGACGGAGUCAAAAG